UAAUAGGCGAACCCAGUGCCUCCCAACCUCCCUACCUUCUAUAACAUCUGGUUAAAUCCAGAUUCUGGGUCCUCGCUGCGCAGAUUUUGAUUUAGCAGGCCAGAAGUGGAUACCUGGGGUCUGGGUUUCUAAAUCAGAUUCUGGUCUCUAAUCAGGUGAUUCUGAUCCCCUAGCAGAUCUGGACAUUCUGAGUUGGGAAGCAACUUUCUGUUUCCGGAUCCCAGGGAGAGGUCCAGCUCUCGCAGGUCAAUGGAACCCAGAGUCAGCAGCUUUGCUCCCACUGCGUCCCGGGGGCAGCCACUGGCCGACCCCUCCCACCCGCCGCGGAUCCGCCCUGCGGGCCGCCACCGCCGGCCGCGGUUUCCUUGGUGACCCAGGCCACGCACUGCGUGCUGCUUCCUUAGGACUGUGUCAGGUUCCACCUGUCUGUUCCUGCGCCCACCGCCCUGCCGAGAAGAGGAUUCUGGUCCAGAACAGGCAGACUAAGAAAUGGAUCCCUUACUCCCUAUACUGACUGCACAUUCUCCUCCAUGGAAUGAGGCAGACACUCCUCGGACCCAUGACCUAGAGCACUUAUGAGCCAAGCGUGUGGCUUACUAUGAAAGCAUUGGGAUCAUCAAAGGUGAUGCUUCCAGAAAUAGCAGCCAACCAGUGUGGACAGCUUCCCAAGACACCAGAGUGAAUCCCUCAGAAAAUCAAGCCUUUGGGCUGAGAGGCCUACAAAUGUCAUUGGGUUGUUUGGCAAUUGAAAAGAAACCUCUGCUCCAGGAAGUGUCCAAAGUGGUACCUGGAGAAGCAGAACAGGAUCAGGACCAGAGGGUCCGGGAGGGGCCCAGGAGAGAGAGACACCCAACAGUGCUGGAUCUCAAGCUGCUGGCUGAUGCCUUGGUCCCCAAGACAGAGAAGCUAUGACAUGUUAUAAAUUGGGCUCAGAAGUUCUUGCCCAAACCUCCAAAAGAGGAUGGGUUGAAGGGUCCCACAGCUUCUCUAGGAUUCCCUUGGUCUAACCCAUACCAAAGUUCAGAAGCUCUAAGAAAUAAAAAGAAUGCUCAUCUGAAGUCACCUGAUUGCCCACUCCUGCUCAGAGCAGACGAGUCUAGUGCACAAACAUUCAGAUAUUCUCUUUAAGCCCCCCAAAUAACUGGUCAGAAAUGGACUUGUCUUCAGAAUUUCUAAGUUCCUUCUUGAGGGAGGAUUUUCCUGGCAGUGAGUCUUGUGAGUGCCAAGAAACUACAGUCAGGAACGAGGGGGAUGGAAGAGCUGCCGAGUGCCCUCCUAACAGUCUUCAGUGGGAAGAUUCUGCUCAACAAAAGUAUUCCAGAUCAGGAAAUAGUAUUCACAUUCCCAGUGAGGAUGAGGCAUUUCCUGAGAGGCUGGGGCCCCAGCCACCACUCAGCUGCACUUCUGAAGAAAGUAAGAUUUUAGAGGGAACCAGGCAGAGCUCACCCAGAAAUAGUUACUUCUGGACUCUGCUCACUGAUAGCUCAGAGGAGGAACAUUUGGAUGAAGCUGGAGAAAGUAAUAGAACACAUAGAAAGUGUGUUCUAGGCAGGAACUGUAGAGGGUUUUCAGGAAUUGCUUUGUCUCUCACAAGUGACAGCACACUAGCGUCAAGAACCAUGGUGCUAAGUGGUGUUCCCUCCCCUGGGGAGGUACCUCUGCAGGCUGAAGUCAGGAAGGAGUGCAGAGGACCAGAGGAGUCCCAUCUGAGGAGCCCCAAAGGUCUCACAGUAAAAUUCAAGGCUGGCAGCUCCAGAGGUGAAAACUCCAUCAAGAGACUGCCUGGGGGUCCAAGUAUAUCCCCCAGUCACAGCUCCAAUGGAAGGAGGAAGGAAUCAGAUAAUGUGAGGUUCGCUUUGGGGUCCCUCCAAACUGAUAUUAAACACAAAAAUGAAUGGGAACAUGCCAUCAUGGAGAGAGUAGAGGGGACUCUCACAGGGAGAGUGCCAAGAGGUGAGCCAAACAGAAGCAUGCAGACCUCUACUAAAAGCAGCCUUCCUAUGAUCACUCGGAAACAAUUUGACCUCACACAUCCUGAGAGUUAUUUGGAUGUGUCAGAGGGCCCCUUGGACAAUGCUGCGUUUCAUGGAAGUUUGGGUGCCAAUGUCUUCCAUGGGCCCACUGCAAAUGCACAUGGUGCACAUGGCAGUGCUUGGUUUGACCAAUUGCCAUCUACUAAGAUGGACAGUGGAUCAGUACAGGCACCCCAAGUAGUCACCAGACAAGCAAGUCAUGAGCAAAUGGAAAAGACAUUCCCUUCAACUCACCCCAUUUCCAGAGAUGUUUCCAAAACUGGUUUGAAAGGAUCCUUCCCACUCCAAGAUGGUGGUGAUACCCUCUCCUGGAGUGAUGAGCAACCACAUAAACCAGAGCGAGGGGCCAGUGUGCUGGAGACGUAUUUCUAUUAUUUACACAUGUUGAACAAGAGCAGGAGUCUCUCUUCAGAAGAGAGGAACUCUUCUUUGCUUUUCUGGGAGCCUGGAAUGUGCAGAUCAGAGUCCAUAGUCACAUCUCCAGAAGGGAAGGGUAGGUCCAAAGUGGACAGCCUGGACAGAAAGACCAAGCAGUGGAGAGAUGGUGGGGACAGCAUUGCAGCUAUGGAAAGUGAGAGGGGUACCCAUCCCCAAGGACAAGGCUGUGCCAAGCAAGCAGCUCCAGAAAAGACCAGCUUUUGGAAACCUCAAGGUAUCUAUGGGAGGUUAUGUUCUGCUACCCCAAAAAUGGCAUCCAGAAUGACCAGCGAUGGGGGAUAUCAGAAAAUGCCUGAUGCUGCCGGUUCAUGCCAUAAACAUGGAGAUGUGAAGCCAAGGGAAGCAGGUCCAGAUCACAGACUGCCACGUCCUGGAGGAUGACUGGCUGGUGGCUCUGGCUGGCCACCAGCCCCGCUCUCUGUCUCUGCAUCGCUGCCGCCAUGCUGGCCAGGCCGUGACGGACCAAGGGCUGAAGCGACUUUUCCAGCACUGCGGGGAUGUUCUUCAGGUAUCAGUACUGGCCACAUACAUGAUGCUUUUUCCCCCAAGGGGAAUUAUAUGGAUCAGGUUCUAAUGGCUUUCUCCCUACCUUUCUCCUCACUCCCCAUAAAACAAAAUCUCUUUUGUAUGGGAUUGCACAAAAAAUGCAGUCUAUUAAAUGGGCACCACAUUUCACGUAGUUUAAAAAGUGAAAAUAGUAAGAAAAGAUAUCCUCUGAGGUACCUCACUCAUCCAGUUGUAUCAGUUGGUGAGGGCUGUCAUAACAGAGUACCACAGACUAAAUGGUUUAAAGCACAGAAAUUUAUUGUCUUGUACUUCUGGAGUCUAGAAGUCUGAAAGCAAGGUGUCAUCAGGGUUGGAUCGUUCUGAGGGCCAUGAGGGAGGAUCUGUCCCAUGCCUCUUUCCUACGUUCUGCUAGUUUGCCGGAAAUCCUUGACGUUCCUUGGCUUGUAAAGCACCACCCACCUCUGCCUUCAUCUUCACACGGCAUAUGAAUGAUGUGUGCAUUUGUCUGUGUCCAAAUAUCCCCUUCUUAGAAAGACACCAGUCAUAUUGCAUUAGGGGCCCUCCUUAUACCAGUCUGACCUCAUUUUAACUAAUUACAUCUACAAUGAACCUAUUCCCAAAUAAGGUCACGUUCUGAGGCCCUUGGGGAUGUGACUUCAAAAUGUGAAGUUUUGGGACUCACACUUCAACCCAUAACACAUAUCCCACAUGAUAUUUUAAUGUCAGAUUGGACAUGCAUACAGGUGAAAAAACACUUUAUAAUUAUCUGAGCAUAGAACAACACUAUUUUACAUAUACAAAGUAAUUUUUGCACAGUUUUAAUAUGUGUUGAAUUUCUCAGAAAUGCAACUACCAGGCUUAUUGAGGAAAAAGUAUGCUGUUUUGUUUGGAAAUUUACCAAGAGUUGCUCAUGGUUUUGGAAAUAGCAUGUCAUUAAUAGCAACACCAGGUGUAACAUU